GUAGACCCCGCGGUUUAUAAACUACCGACGCUAUGUUGCGACACGUGAUUUUGUUAUUCCUCGUCGGCGUGUGCCACGCAUUGAGUCCGGAAACGAUAGAACAAGUGGAAGCAGAACUCGAGGACUCGGUUAAUCAAUUCAUGGUAGACCUGCAACGCGGCUACGAGGUGGCGAGACACAGAACGAGGAGAAGUAUCGGUUCCCAGAGUACAUACGUUGAUGUCCAGAACUUUACUGUUGAGACUGUGUACGAAAAUAAGCCAAACAUAGGCUACAGUUCGCUGUUCUAUCAUGAACCUUCUUCCGUCUACUACCAUCUCACCGUCACCGAAAGUGGAACACUGGAAAUCUUUUUGGCUGGCAAUGUUGCUCCUGUCGCCACCCUUGACCUAGGUCGUGAUAUCACAGCUGUUGAGGGUAUUAAUGGGAAGGGUGCGAUAGCUGACUUGGUGAUAGGUACUGCCACCCAUGGUGUAGUCUACACGUUCAACCCGGGUGCUGCUCAGGGGAUGGAACUUGAACUGAAGCAGAGUUUGCCAGUGCAGAGAAUAACUGAUAUUACAUUCGUAUCGGGGAGGAGUGGGGAAACCUACUGUGUGGUCACUUCUGAUACAGCACCAGCCCUUGAAGUGUAUUUAUACACAUCUGCUGGGAUGGAUAGGGUUAGCCAGUACCCGCAUUCCUGCUUCCAACGCCUGGAACAUUUCCAGCACAGGAGCAGGAAUUACAUUGUUGCUCAGAGCUGCCACAACGGUGUCAUGAAUUCCCAGGCCGAUGUCGUAGUGUUCAGACUAGAUGAUGUUGAAGGUAGCCUGUUGGCGAGGCGUGUGCAGUCUCUAUCCGUCACUGCUCCCGUUGGCCUCUCCGCAUUCACAGUAGAUGGCAGCACAUACCUGUUCGCUGGAUCUGGGAUUUCCGAUGAGAGCAUGAUCUUCUGGUGGACAUACGAUCAAUUCCUCGUCUACCAGUCGCUGUCGACUGCGUUGAAUGAGAACUGGGGUUUGGACGGGGUCACCGACGUGGAUAGCAUCUCGCUGCCUGGGGGAGAAGUGCUGCUGCUGGCAACACUGCACCACAUCAACUCACAGGGACUGAUAAUGGGCAUGAUUCAAGACUACAGUAGUGGCAUGUUCGUGCACGCCGCUAACUCCUUCACCACCGCUGCCAGCCCCAACUCCCUCUACACGUGGGUAGCCGACGCCGGCACCAUGCUCACGUACUACGCUGCUGAGAGUUACGAAGACGUCGAGAUAAAUUUCUUCACCAUGCAAGUGGAAAUGCCAUCUCUGGAGCCUACCGACAUGCUCCUGCAGUGUAUGUAUGCCCUGCAGGAAGACAAGGCAGACCAGCAAGCUCUCCUAGAUGACAUUGAUACGACACUGCAACAUACGAUCGGCCUAUCGACCAAUCAGACCAUUGAUAGUGACGUUGUUAUUGAUGACAUCGACAUUGCGAGCCUCACCGUGCCGGAGGUGGAGAUAGUGACUAGCGCGUACACGCCCGGUGACAGCGUCUACACAAUCCUCGACCUGAAGAACGGCCUCGACGCGCAAGCCGAAGAAAUCUCUGUCAUCACGAUAGAUCUCGCCUUCAUCGUCAUGAAGGGAGCCGCGGAGGUGCAGACCGUCGCAGGCGAGGUGACCUUCACGGGUGAUGUGGUCGCCGCGACCCUGACGACGCCCAACGUGACGGUAGCAGGCAGCGUGAGCGGCGUCUCCCCCGUCGCGCUCGACAGCAACGUGCUGAAGAGAGAUGAGGACCAGACGAUCACAGCGGCGUGGGCCGUCACCGGCGACCUGACCCUCGGAACCACAGAGUACCGCAGCACCUGGAACGCAAAGUCGCUGUCAGACCUGAUGUUGACCAACGUUGAGCAGAACGUGACGGGUGUGACGACAUUCCACCAGGACGUGAUGCUAGGUGGCAGUCUCACCGCCAGCACGUUGAACGGAUUCACGCCGGAGACUGACUUCGUGACGGCCGGCAGCUCGCAAGCGAUCGCCGGCAGGAAGACCGUCGCGGACGUUCUGAUGACACGAAGCGACCUUGUCGCGCCGAGCCUCAAUACGUACCAACUAGAUCUGAAGGCGGAAGACAUGGUGACACUGAAUGGUGCCCACAGCACCAUCACAGCCGAUGUGACAUUCAAUGGAGGUGUCAACUUUGACACUAGUGUCACGAUGUCGGGUGACAUCAAUGGCGUCAACUUGGUGCAACUCGCUGCAGAGGUUUUGGAUUUGACAUCUGAGCAAGAAAUUACGGGUGAGAAGACGAUUAACGGUGGUCUCACGCUGACCGGCAACCUCGUCAGCAUCGGCGACGUGAACGGCAUCGACAUGGCGAUGGACGUGGUGCAUCUGAGCGGCGAGCAGGACGUCACGAGCCCGCUGACGCUUGCGGGAGACGAGACGACGUUCAAUGCCGCCAUCACGACGGACAGUGUCGCCGGCAGUGUCCUCACCGCCCGCGUGGUCACGCUCGCGGGCGCACAGACGAUCGACGGAGUGAUUACGUUUAACGGUGCGGUAGAUGUAGCCGGUGACGUUAUACUCGCUGACGGAGACACCAUCAACUCUAUCGAUGUCAGUGCGCUUGACGCCGUCACAGUGAAGGUCGAUGAGUCUGCCGACAUCUAUGGCGACAAGACGUUCUCUGACAUCGUGGCGACGGCAGCGACGACGGGCACCAUCAACGCCAUCGACGUCGUCGGGAAGGCCGGAAGCAUCUGGCGUCGUUCCACGAACGACACGAUCGACGUGAACGUCACCGUGAACAACAACGUCGUGACGAACAGCGUAGCCGCGGGAUCCGUCAACCUGUUCGACCUCGCUAACGACUUUGUCACGCUCGCAGGCGACCAGACGAUCACAGGUGAGGUUACAUUCACGGACGAUCUUGCUACAGCUAGCAUCGACAUCGCCGAUACCAAGACCGUAGAUGGAGUCGAUCUCUCUGACAUAGAUUCCCGGGCGGUCAAGCUGGCCACGGACCAGGUGAUUACGGCCGCUCACACGUUCGGCGAUUUGAACUUCACUCGUGACGUGAGCGUCGGCGGCACUCUGAAUUCUAUCGACACCAGCGACAUCAUGCUGGCUGAUGCCGAACAAACCGUCACCGGUACAAAGACGUUUGGUGCGGUGACCGCCACUGGAACACUGACUGCCGACACAAUAGCUCCCACGACGGUGAACGGUGUCGACAUUUCUACAGUAGCAGAAACGGCCGUCAUGAUCAACGAUACGACCAUGACAAUAUCUGGCGACGUGUCAUUUGAAUCGCUGUCUAUAUCAGGAAAUAUGAGUACAUCUGGACUCGUCGAUGGUGUGGAUUUGCUAAAUCUACGAGCCAACGCAGUGACAAUCGACGGAUCCCAAACAAUUACGGGGGCUAUGUCCUUUGAUGGGCCUGUGACCUUCAGCUCUGUGGCGUCUGACAAUGUGAACAACGUCAAUUUCACUUCCCUCGACAUUAAUGCAUUCAGAAUUGCUUCAAACGAGGUUUUGACUGGAACAAAGACCUUCACUGGGCCUGUCGUGAUCACCAGUGACCUUGACAGCACGGUGGAUGACAUUGACAUUGGAACGCUGGAGAGCACAACAAUGUCCAAGUCAAAGGUGCAGAGUGGAGGCACCAAGACCUUCACCUCUUCCAUGACUAUUGAUCAGCUUACGGUGUUGAAUCUCAUCGAUGGCAUUAACCUGGACAAUUCUGCACUACUUGAUGCUGACAACACGUUCUCCAAGACCUUCACCAUAUCUAACGACCUUCAACUCCAGGACAUGGAUGUUAACGUGAUUGGAAACCUUAACGGAGCUUCACUGACCAGUUUCAACAGCGUUGUGAUAAGGAAGGAUGAGGCGUCGACGGUCAUGGGAGCGUGGGUGUUUGAGAACGCGACGCUGGGAUGUAACGCCACCAUCGCCGGCACGGUAAACGAUGUUGACAUCGACACACUCUACGCAGAGUACAUGUCCAAGACUGCGCCCAACGUCGUGCCUGGUGAAAAAACCUUCACUAAAGUUACCACCUUCACUAACGUGGAUUUCACUGGUACUGUCAACCUGCUAGACCUUGAUGCUAUAUACAGUGACAUCGUGUCAAAGUCUGAAGCUCAGAUUAUAGAUGGCGACAAGGUGCUCGUUGGCAACCACGUCGUUGCUGGAGUGCUGACGAUCACAGACUCCGUGGACGUUGGACUGGUCAAUGACUACGAUCUCCUCGCCCUGCAAUCGCAGACCGUCUACACGAUGGGCAACCAGAGCAUCGGCGGAUUCAAGACCUACGCGGCCGCGGCGACGACAUCCUUCGAGGAGCUGACGGUGGCGGGCACGGUAGACGGAAUCGUCGUGCCCGAUCAGCUCGUGCUGCGCGACACGGACGAGAGCGUAGAGGGCGCCACGAUGCUCGCCGACGUCGUCGCUGACACGCUGACGGCGGGCGGCUACGUGGACGGCGAGAACGUGACGAUGCUCGUCGCCGAGUUUGUGUAUCUGUCCGGCGAGCAGACGAUCGCCGGGGCGAUGGAGUUCACGAGCGCUGUAGACUUCACAGGUAGCAUCGUCGUUAACGGCACGGUGAACAGUAUCGACGUCGGGGAGGAUCUGUUCACGGCGAGCGGUGACCAGCUAGUAUCGGGAGCGAAGACGUUCGCAGAGACGGUGACCUGCGCAGAGCUGACCCCACUGACCAUCAAUGACGUCGACGUGCAGUGGCUGUACGACCAUGCUGUGUUGACCAGCGCCUUCUCCGCGCAGCAGCCAACUGUAUCGUUCAAUGGCAACAUUACGUUUGCAGCCAACGUGAUAAUACAGGAGAGCGUGUCGACGGUAAAUCUCGUUAAUAAUGCUGACCUGAGUGAGAUGAGCGUACUGCAGAAGUGGAAGCAGGACUAUCUACCGUACGCGAUGGGUGUGCUGGAGACCGAGGUUGCCACACAGGGCAACAUCAUCGGCAGCGUUGUCAACGCAUCGACAGGUAUGAUCGACUCUGCGUACGGUUACUUCGAGCUGGUGGGUGAGAUUGGUACGACAUCAUACGGAGGCAUAGAGGUGGAUCGCUACUAUGACCCGACCACUGUCUACUGGUGGCAACACGACGGAGCGCUGGCCGCGCAGUACCAACUACCGGACCACGCCGACCAGUGCCACGCAUUCGAGACUAUGAACGCAUCGAUGUCCAACGAGACAUACGGCAACGAGUCGACGGCCACGCCCGGACGCCUCUUCUUCCACGACAUGCCCGCCGACAACGCCUGGAUUAAGGUCAUCUCGUACGGGAUCAGCUCCAACCCGUGGUGCGUGACGGGAGUCAUCUACCCAGGUGACAACAAGCCGGUGGAGAUCAUCGUUCGCACGUCUAACGGCGCGGAGGUGCGCAGCAACGUGCCGCCCACCUACAUAGGGGAUGUCAAAGUCCUAAAGGUCCCCAAUGGUGACGUCUACCUCAUCAUUGCCAAGCACUUUGAACCCCAGAAAAUGGAAACUAGACUGCAAAGCAACGUGUUUAAAGUCGAUCUCUACACGGGAGUAAUCACAAAGGUGAUGGAUAUACAAACGUAUGGUAGUGUGGACAUUUCCUCUGCUUCAAAUGGAAACGACAUUUACUUUGCCAUUGCGAAUCAGUACGACUCGAGGACCGAGUCCUAUGCCUGCGAAUCGCACAUCUACAAAUAUGCCAACGCAACUUCGCACUUUGUGAAGGUGAAGACCGUCUACACGGAGACGGCGAGCAACGCGGAGCUGUUCUUCAUCGACGGACUCCUCUACGCGUUCUUCGCCAACGAGAAGCGCCACAAGCCGGGCAACUACUACUGGAACAACCUCUACUCGACCAACGUCGCCGUCUACCAGCAGAUAGAUCCCGAGGGACCGCUCAUGCAGACGGGAUCCAUCCCCAUCCAGGGCGUGCGCGAUCUGGAGACGUUCAAGAUCGCCGAUGAACAGUUUGUGACCAUCACGUCGCACAAAGAUGGUGCAGUCUACCUGCUGAGGUACAGCUACAGUGCCGGCUUCAACGUAGUGCAGGUGUUCCCCAACUAUCAAGCCACCUCUACCAUCAUGUUUUGGCAAGGAGGUGAUCUGUUUCUGGUAGUUGCUGCCGAUAUUGCACCAACCAGGAUCUACCGAGCCUUCAUCAGAGGGCCCAAGGUUCACUUGCCGUGUUCAGCUGAAGAUAUGCCAUGUGAUGAUUGAAUGUCCCUGUGAUUAAGGGCCUGAUCAAGAACCAAGACAUUUAUAUUUAUUAUGAUUUGGAGAAAAAAUUUAAUAUUUAUAUU